AUGCUGCGCUGUGAUUCUUGCUCGCCAUCUCCAUUUAUCCUUCUUCUCCUUCCUCUCCGUCUGAGCCUGAAAGUGCCGGCAUCCCUCUACUUCUUGAGGCCCUUAAGCAUCUUUUGCCGGCGGCCGGUCGAGAGCUUGUUCUGCACGAGGAAGGGCGCCUGGAUGCUGCUGAACUUGUUCUCGUUGCCCGGAGUCACCCCCGCGCCCAGACCACGAUCGCUACCCAUGGAAUUGACACUCCUACUAAGAUUAUUACUAUUGUACCGGCGGAGGAGGAGCUCGAUUCUGCCGCCAUGUGUACGAUUCCUGCGCGGCGACGGUGCCGGCGACGGUGCCCGCUGCUGA